UUGCAGCAGCAGCAGGGGUACCGUUAGCAGGAAAUCAAGCUCCCACUCCGCUUUACUUUAAGGCGAAACAAAGAGAAACCCUCCCUGGAGCGCAGCUUUGAAAAUAAAAAAAAAAGAAGAAGCUUUUUGUAGUGUAGCAAAAAGUAUCAUCGACCCGGGAGGGCGUUUACUUGGUGCCGUUGUUCUGAUGGGAAAAAGUUUUCCCAACUAGUCAAGCUGAUUUAACAAGUUUAAGGAAAAUCUGUGCAGAAGGCAAAAAAAUAAGGACGGGGAAGAUGCCGAAAACGGUCAGUGUGCGUGUUAUCACGAUGGAUGCUGAACUGGAGUUUGCCAUUCAGCCCAGCACAACGGGGAAGCAACUCUUUGACCAGGUGGUAAAGACCAUUGGACUAAGAGAGGUUUGGUACUUCGGACUCCAGUACCAGGAUACAAAGGGUUUCUCUACCUGGCUGAAGCUCAAUAAGAAGGUGACAGCCCAGGAUGUGAGGAAGGAAAACCCGCUCUUUUUCAAGUUCCGUGGCAAGUUCUUCCCUGAGGAUGUAACGGAGGAGCUGAUCCAGGAUGCCACACAGCGGCUCUUCUUCCUGCAGGUGAAGGAGGCGAUCCUAAACGACGACAUCUACUGCCCCCCUGAGACGGCGGUGCUCCUGGCCUCUUACGCCGUGCAGGCCAAGUUCGGCGACUACAACAAGGAGGUGCACACGUCGGGCUACCUGAGCAGUGAAAACCUGCUCCCUCAGAGAGUACUGGAUCAGCACAAACUCAACAAAGAGCAGUGGGAGGAGAGGAUUCAAGUGUGGCAUGAAGAACACAAGGGCAUGAUGAGGGAGGAAUCCAUGAUGGAGUACCUGAAGAUCGCCCAGGAUCUGGAGAUGUAUGGAGUCAACUACUUCAACAUCAAGAACAAGAAAGGAACUGAGCUGUUUCUGGGAGUGGAUGCUCUGGGUCUCAACAUUUAUGAACAGAAUGACAAAAUGACGCCCAAAAUUGGAUUUCCUUGGAGUGAAAUAAGGAACAUUUCCUUCAACGACAAGAAGUUUGUCAUCAAACCAAUUGACAAGAAAGCACCAGACUUUGUAUUCUACGCCCCGAGGCUGCGCAUCAACAAACGCAUCCUGGCUCUGUGCAUGGGCAACCAUGAGCUGUACAUGCGCCGCCGCAAACCCGACACCAUUGAGGUGCAGCAAAUGAAGGCGCAGGCUCGGGAGGAGAAGAACCACAAAAAGAUGGAGAGGGCUCUGUUGGAGAACGAAAAGAGGAAAAGAGAGGUCGCAGAAAAAGAGAAGGAAAAGAUUGAGAAAGAGAAGGAGGAGCUGAUGGAGAAAUUGAAGCAGAUUGAAGAUCAGACCAAAAAAGCCCAACAAGAGCUGGAGGAGCAGACUCAGAGGGCUCUGGAGCUGGAGCAGGAGAGGAAGCGUUCUCAGGAGGAGGCCGAACGUCUGGAAUCUGAGCUGAAGGGAGCUGAGGAAGCCAAGAUGGCACUGCUGCAGCAGUCAGAGAACCAGAUGAAGAACCAAGAACACCUGGCCACAGAGUUGGCUGACCUGACUUCAAAGAUCUCUCUCCUGGAGGAUGCUAAAAAGAAGAAAGAAGAAGAGGCAAUUGAGUGGCAGCAGAAGGCCACCACAGUGCAGGAGGACCUGGAGAAGACCAAAGAAGAGCUUAAGAACAAAGUGAUGGCGGCCCAUGUCCAGGAGCCACUCAAUGCCGAGAAUGAGCAUGACGAGAAUGACGAGAGCAGCGCCGAGGCUAGCGCCGAGUUCACGGCUGCGGCUACGUACAAGGACCGCAGCGAAGAGGAGCGAAUGACCGAAGCCGAGAAGAACGAGCGUCUGCAGAAACAUCUACUUGCUCUGAGCUCAGAGCUGGCCAACGCCCGAGAUGACACCAAGAAGACGGUGAACGACAUGAUCCACGCGGAGAACAUGAAAGCUGGACGCGACAAGUACAAGACCCUCAGACAGAUCCGGUCGGGCAACACCAAACAGCGCAUCGACGAGUUCGAAUGCAUGUGAUGCGCUCGAUCGGCAACGCAAAACGGGCCCCGCUCUAGCCGGGGGCCCUGCUGCUUGGACUGCAGUCCUGCCUCACUCAAGCUGUUGUUUUUUUUUCUGUACACAAACAAAAUCAGAUCAACGUGACAUAGCUGCAACAAAGCACAGCACAUUGUACAAAUAUGGAUGUGGAAAAUUCCAACUGUUUUUAUUUCUAAAUUAGAAUUUUUGGCAAGUCACUGGUUGUAAAGGGACAUACUGUAUUUUGGUAGUAUAUUCCUGAUAGGGGAAGGGGCUAUGUAGCAUAUUAGCAAAGGCCUUAUGCCUGUAUUAUGACUCAUUGAGCAAAGAUCUUUUAGUUUCUUUAUAUAUUUUCUGUCACUAUUUUAAAAUGAAGGCAUAAAUUUGGCACUGCUUAGAAUCUGAUUUGCAGGCAUACUUUUGCUGUCAUCAUGCAAUAGUUCUUCAUAUCAGGCUGGAUUAUCUUUUUGAUUUGACAUGAGGCUUCUGCUCCGUGUUCAGCACACGUACAGUAUGCAUCUUUGUCUAUGAGGAGCGUAAUAAAGCAGUAUUAUUUUUUUAUUACUAUUUCUUUUUGCAGAUUUCAUGGAUUUCUCAUUCGUCUGCAUUCAAAAUUUGCCAACUAUUUCAAAACCAAUCAUCAGUAUUUACGACCCAAUCCAUAAUAAUGUGAUAUUAAAGAUUUAAACACCAUUUCAAACAUUUGGUCUGUUUUUGUCUUUUUUUCUUAGGCAUUUUUUUAAAUUUACUUUUGGAUCUGUGCAGACAAAUUAUGAUUGGUCAACAAAAAACCUUUGCAAACUUUCAAGGUCGCAUACAAACACUGUCAUAUUUACUGACUUUAAUUCACUUUUUCCUAAUUUUUCUAAAAUGUCAUAAAGUUUUACGUAUUGAACUAUGCGUUUUUAAAGUUGUAGUUAAUUUCUAAUGAGGAUAUUUGAUUGCUAAGCUGCAUAAACAUAAAACGGUAAAAGAAUUUCACUGAAGUGGCGUUUCAGUCUUUCCUUCUCUAGAUUAUAACUGCUCAGCUCCAUAAUUGCGACUGUUUGUUUCAUCUAAAUGCAUAUAAUAAAUAGAUAUGCACUGGGAAAAAAAAUCAUAAUUCACUUUAAAAUUUGAAACAUAAAAGAGGGGCACCUUUUCUGCUUUUGCAUGCGGAUUUUGAUAUACUGUAUGUGUUUAACUACUUUUUUGUAUGUCAUAGUUGGAAUCAUUUGGAUGUGAUGUUUCUGACACUUUAGGACAUUUUAGAUGUUUUUGUACAAGACAAACUAAAAAAAUGAAGCAAAUCUUGCCAAUAGUAUCACUUUGUUAAAAAGGAACAACAUUUAUACACCUUGUUAAAAGAUAAAUAAAAAAAAACUGACAAAGUA